AAAUCGCACGUGUGGAGGCACCUCUGUUAUAACCACCUGGAUAAAGUAGCUCAGUGUGCUCAAAGAGCAAUGUGAUUAAGGAAGUCAUCAGCCUCAGCUCUUUAAAAUGUUGCAUUUGAAGAUUCAGUCAAUGAGUGUCGUCAUCAGGGGGGACCAUCGUGAAGACUGGGUCAUUAAGAAUGACAGCUCUGAAGAAAGAGAGAGAGGGAGGGAGAGAGAGGGUAAAUGGUGAUCCCUCCCAGAGCUCCCACUCGGCACUCUGAAGCGGUCUUCUCUCAGGUUCAGACCGGAUUGCAUCCCCUCUUUUUUUUCCAGAAGCCUCUCCUUCUCUUUUAGGACGCAAUCUCCCACCCACCGCCAUCCCCGCUGCACGCACACACGCGCACACCCCUCCAACGUGAGAUUCAUCUCCUUGGUUUUGACGGUUCGCCUCGAAGACGAGGUUUGCUUGUUUUGUUUUUUCUUUUAAGUCGUGCUUGUGAUGGAAAGCAGAGAGGAGAUGGUGAUGCUGGCAGAGGGAGGUCAGCUUGGCAAGAGCGGCUCUAAUUUGUCGGAAGCCAUCGGGAGCCCCGUGCGAGAACCACCAGGCAAGCCGGGCCACAGAGGUUGUCUGAGUCCAGGAGCUGCACCCUAUUCCCGCGACAGGAGCGAUCUAGCGGCGGAGGAUAGCGCACGGAGAAAUAUGAGCGCCGACGCAAGGCUGGUUGGCACGUCUACCUCCGGAGAGAGGCACCAGGCUGACCAACAUCACAAAGACGGCAGCAGCUCAGACACAGAGUCGGACUUCUAUGAGGAAAUUGAUGUCAGCUGCACGCCUGAAAGCAUGGACUACCCAACAGCUAAAGGUCGAAAUGGGGAUUCUCCAAGCCACCCGAACGAGUGCGGUACUGAGCCGAGUAAGAAUGUCCCGGGUCAGGGCUCUCUGUCUUACGCAGCAGAUCAGAUUCGCCGGUACCGAACAGCAUUCACGCGAGAGCAGAUAGCACGCCUGGAGAAGGAGUUUUACCGGGAAAACUAUGUGUCCAGGCCGCGGAGAUGCGAACUUGCGGCCGCUUUAAAUCUACCCGAAACCACCAUCAAAGUGUGGUUUCAGAACCGCAGGAUGAAAGACAAACGGCAGCGUCUGGCCAUGACUUGGCCUCACCCCGCCGAUCCGGCCUUUUACACCUACAUGAUGAGCCAUGCGGCUGCCACGGGGAACCUGCCCUACCCCUUUCCAUCGCACCUGCCGCUGCCCUACUACUCUCACCUGGGCGUCGGGGCUGGCUCAGCUCCUGCAGCCGCCCCUUUCUCAACCCCCUUGCGCUCGCUCGAUAGUUUCCGGAUGCUGUCUCAUCCCUACCAGAGGCCCGAGCUCCUGUGCGCCUUCAGACACCCUUCCUUGUACUCAGGUCCCACUCACGGCCUAGGUCCCGGAGGAACUCCGUGCUCCUGCUUGGCGUGUCACUCCAGUCAGUCCAACGCCAUCUCAACCAGGCCUUCCGGCUCGGACUUCGCUUGCUCCCCAACAAGCAGGACUGACGCGUUUGUCACUUUCACGCCUUCAGUGCUCAGCAAAUCCUCAUCUGUGACACUGGACCAGAGGGAAGAAGUGCCUCUGACCAGAUAAAAAAUAACUCUUGCUCCACAUAAGCCUUUAACCACAAGCUUUUUAACCCUAACGUAUUAUAUGAUCAGGACUGAAACAGCAUGAGGGGUGGGGUAGCCAGUAUAUAAACAGUGAAAGCCAGUUUAUACUUGGGGAGAAGAGAAAGCUCUCCAGCUAUAAGACGCGCAAAAGACCUGCUGUUAUUGAAAUAUAAUAAUCCCAUCGAAGAGCCGGGGACAUUGGGCUGAAAUAAGACUGCGUAGACAGAAAUUCAGAUUUGAUUUCUACAAGAUUAUUGUGACUGCUAUGAGAGAGAGAGACGGGGAGAGAUAAGCGGGGUGGUCCAGAGAAACGUUUAAAUCUCCGUGAUUGAUGACGUUAAGGUCUUGAUCAUUAUUUUAUGCGUCCAAAAAUCAGCCUACACGUAUUGUUAGUUACGCGAGAAUGAUGCUUUCCAUCUCUCUUUUUUAACAAGGGGAUUUGUUAAAAGACUGCGGCCGUCUCAUUAUAGCUAGCUCUCCACACCGGGGCCCUCUCGACGGCCCGGGCCGAAAUGUGCAGAUGCUAGUAAAAUUAUUAAGUGAUGUAUAUGUAAGACCGGGUGAAUUUUGAGUGUUGAAUUAAUGAUAAUGCCAGGAAGGUUUCAGGCAAAAGGUAACAAGGCGCCGAGGGAACGGAUUACCACAGCCGGCACGAUCUGAAGAGGGGAGGGGAGAGAAAGAUCAGAAAGAGGAUGGAGAGAGGACAAUCAAAAAAGAAAAAAAAAGAAAUGAGCAUUUUUAAGGCCACCCAACACUCUUUCUUUCUCUGUUUUCUCCCAUGACCGUAAAAGAGACAGUGUGAUUAAAUUAUGCCCACGGGCCUUCUUUAAAACCGUUUUUCGCUUUGCACUGUUACACCAGUUUAGCAUUUGUGUGGGAAUACGGAAUAAUGUGUGACUGAUUUUUUUUUUCUUCGUUGUUUUACUAUUAUUAUUAUUUUAUUAUAAAACUUUAUUUUUGGUUCGCUAUUUUUUUUGUUUGUUUGUUUUUGUUUUUUUGUGUUAUGACUGGGUUGUCCUUAUCGUUUAAUUUGCAAAUAAAUACUGUCAAAGCAUCGAAGGCGUGCGGAGUGAUUUAUACGCGUUUUUCGGAUCCAUUUAAAUAGCCAAUAACCAAUAUGUCACUUUAAACUCACGGCAAUAGAAUAAAACUGA